AUGAGCCGCCCGUCCUCCGCCGGCCCCGGCCCUAGCAAGCCCUGCGGGAAGCAGCAGCAGCAGCAGCAGCAGCAGCAGCACGCCCCGUCCCCCGCCGCCGUCCUGCCGGGGUCCGGCGGGGCUUCUCCGCCGCCUCCUCCUCCUCUUCCUCCCCCCCCCCAGCAGCAGCAGCAGCAGCAGCAGGAGCUGACCUCGCUCUUCGAGUGCCCCAUCUGCUUCGACUAUGUGCUGCCGCCCAUCCUGCAGUGCCAGGCCGGGCACCUGGUGUGCAAGCAAUGCCGGCAGCAGCUGAGCCUCUGUCCCACCUGCCGGGGCUCCCUCACCCCCAACAUCAGGAACCUGGCCAUGGAGAAGGUGGCCUCGGCUGUCCUCUUCCCGUGCAAGUAUGCCACAACAGGCUGCUCCCUGACACUCCACCACACAGAAAAGCCAAAACAUGAAGCCAUCUGUGAGUACCGUCCCUACUCCUGCCCGUGCCCUGGUACCUCCUGUGACUGGGAGGGAUCUUUGGAAGCCGUGAUGUCUCACCUCAUGCACGCCCACAAAAGCAUUACCACCCUUCAGGGAGAAGACAUCAUUUUCCUUGCCACAGACAUUAACCUGCCAGGGGCAGUGGACUGGGUGAUGAUGCAGUCGUGCUUUGGUCACCACUUCAUGCUGGUGCUGAAGAAACAGGAGAAGUGCGAAGGUCACCAGCAGUUUUUUGCCACCGUGCUGCUCAUCGGCACCCGAAAGCAGGCAGAGAACUUUCAGUACAGACUGGAGCUUCACGGCAGCUGCCACCGGCUGACCUGGGAGGCGUCUCCCUGCUCCAUCCACGACGGCGUGGCCGUGGCCAUCCGCAACAGCAACUGCCUCGUUUUUGAUACAGCCACUGCACACCUCUUUGCUGACAACGGAAACCUCGGCAUCAACGUGACCAUUUCUAUGUGCUGCCCGUGAUUCACUGCUGGCGAGACUCAGCUGGCUGGAUGUAGAGCUUCACAGGGUUUGGUUUUGGUUCCUGUUUUUUAUGCUGUUCAACUACAUCAUCUUGUAUGCUAAGGUUUCUGACUAGCCAAGUGUUGUAACUUUGGGCAGAAGAGGAACAAGAGUGUGCUGUAAGUAACAUGAGUGGGACAAGGUCUUUUAAAAUUCUUGGGUGCCUUAGGAAGAUUACACACACACACAGAGUUACCUUUUAUAAUUUAAUUAUAUUUUAUGUAAAGAGUGCUUCCAUUAGAUAUGUGGCUUAAGAGGCUCUUGUCUGGAGCACACCUAAAAGCCCUUUCAGCAGCAGUACAGACUCCCUCUGUCACUGGUGAUCUUUAAUAAAAGGCUUUAGUAUCACACAAGGGUUUGGCUGCUCCAAGCCCCAUCCAGCCUGGCCUUGGACACUUCCAGGGAUCCAGGGGCAGCUGAAACUUCUCUGGGUACCCUGUGCCAGGGCCUCCCCACCCUCACAGGGAACAGUUCCUUCCAAAUAUCCCAUCUCACCCUGUCCACUAGCAGUGGGAAGCCAUUCCCUGUGUCCUGUCGCUCCAGGCCCUUCUCCGAAUUUCCUCUCUAGCUCUCUUGUAGCACCUUUAGGCACUGGAAGGGGCUCUAAGUUCUCAUGAUUUGCCCUUAGUGAAGCCACGGUGGCUAUCACAAAUC